AAUUGUUUCUUCAAUUCUUUGCAACUCAGUUGGUAUCAUUCUAUAGGUGCUUUAGGAAUAGAAGUGGACUUUUAUGCUAAAGUUUAAUUCUCUGGUGGGGGCAUACUAGGUUUCUUUUCUGGAAAACAUUUGCCUAUUCUCAAACGAUAGAUGUAUCGGUGAUGGGUGAUCGACAACAGUCCAAGGAUAACCAGAAAACUCACCAUCGGUCAAUAGGGGUUUUCAAAGCAAAGACAUUUUGAAUCAUUAGUUUUCUUCACUAACUUUUGGGACGAAAUCCUACCCUCAUUUGCUACUUUGGUUACACUAUUCCCCAAACAAUUGAUGUUAGCUGUAUAUUCAGCCAACCAAUUUAUUCCCAAAAUUACAUCAAAUCUAGAUAGGUCAAAGGAUAAUAAAACUCAAAUUUCUCUAACAUCGUAGGACAAUUUCUAUGUCACAAUUUCUCUAUUAGGAAAGAAAACAUUCAUAAACGCAUCAAUCAAAUCUUCCUAUGUCGCAUGCAAGAGAGACGAUAGACAUUUCCGAAGAGGACCAUGAUUCAGGUAAUAAAGGCGAUGAGGGUCCAAAUGAAAAUGCAGAAAAUAUGGAGGAGGACCAGAAUCAGAAUGAUGGUGGUCAUUAUGGAAAAAGAUCAAGGAGGAAAAUAUCUAAGGUCAAAGAUGCUUUCCCUCUCUACCAAGAGAGUGAUUCAUCUUACAAAAAUAAUCCUUUCGAGCGAUGACUGGGAGAUGGUUCAAAAAGUCUGCUCAUUUCUUGAGAUAUUCUACGAAGUCACUCAUAUAAUUUCAGGCUCUGACUAUCCUACUUCAAAUUUGUUUCUUCCGGAGCUUACAAUGAUUAAGGAGUCUUUAGACGAAAAAUCUAAAUCUGAUGAUGUUGAUAUGAGGAGAAUGGCGCUCAUAAUGAAAACAAAAUUUGACAAGUAUUGGGGUGAUCUUAAUUUGUUGAUUUCUGUAGCUGCUGUUAUGGAUCCUAGGAACAAAUUGAAGUUAGUUGAAUUUUUCUUUCGUUCUCUUUAUGAUAAUUUUGAAGCUAGUGAACACAUAUAUAUUGUGAAGACAGCCUUACAUGAUAUUUACAAAGAGUAUAUGGAAGCCUUUUCUAAUGAGAAUUUUGUAAGAGGCUACCAAGUUGAUGGUGAAAAAGAUGCAGAUGACCCUUAUAAUUCCAAUGUGGGUGCAAAAGGAACUACUAAAGGAAGAAAGAAAUUUGAUAAUUUUAUUAGAAAUGUUGAUGUUGUUGAGUCUCUAAAAACUGAGCUUGAUAUUUAUUUGGAAGAGGGCGUCUACAUUUGUAAUGAGACUGAGACUGAGCAUUUUGACCCCUUAAAUUGGUGGAGAGCAAACAACUUGAAGUACCGAAUUUUAUCGAGGAUGGCUUGUGAUAUCCUUGCAAUUCCAAUCACAUCUGUUGCUUCAGAAGCUACUUUUAGUGCCGGCGGUCGUGUUAUUGAGCCACAUAGAGCUAAUAUCGGUGCUGAAACCGUUCAAAUGUUGUUGUGUGGGGAAGACUGGUUAAGGAGCUUUUAUGGGAUUAAAAGGAAGAAGAAGGCAAAAAUUGAUGGAGUGACGGAAGUAAACCUUGUUUGAACUUUGAAGAUUGAUAAAUGACACCACCAGGAAGGACAUAAUAAGGUAGAAGAUUAGAAGAUAUAACUCAAGUCUGAUGGAGGAUAGAAGAGAUGAAUUAAAGAUCAGAAUGUUGAUGUGAAAAGAUUAGAACUAAUUGCAAUUAGUUUGUUAGAUUUUGAUUUUUAGAGUAUUUUUAUUUGAGAUUCUAAUUAAUAAAAUAGUAUUAAAAAGUAUAAGAUGUUAACUUUUUAUUUGGGUUUGGUUAUGUUUUUAUGUUUUAUAAAUUAUAAUUUCUUAAAAAAUAAUAUUUCAUAA